UGUUGAUUUGAGGAAUCAUUUAUUGUGUCCGUAAUUUUGUCAUGUAUAACUUGUUAUCGGUGAACCUGGUUGCAACUUAUAGCUAACGCCCCCUCUUAUCAGCGCAAAAUGUGCUGGUAUGAAGGCGACCUAACCUAAAUGGGCUAUUCCAAUUCUGCUAAUUUCCCUUAACGUUACGGAUGGAAACCGGUUUAAUCAAGAAGAGGACGCUCUUUUAUAACUCUAAACAACAUUGACUUUUAGGGAAAAGAAAUGUCAAGAGACAGCAUGACGGCUGUACGAGGAGCACAUUCACAGAAUGCAAGUUCCACUGGACCUAAGGAAAAUGGACAAAACUCACCGAGCCCAGUUCCAGCGAAUCCGAACUUUGCUCAACCCUCGGCGGACUUACCAGAUAACAGCUUGGGGUCCACAGCGGGGGAACUCACUCACACGUGGAUUCAGUUUGCAAAGACGUUUGUUCUUAUAUUCCCCAUAUACGUUUUGGGUUAUUUGGAAUUCAGUUUCAGCUGGCUACUGAUUGGACUUGUCAUAUUCUACUGGUGGAGAAGAAACACUGGAGGCAAGAACAAUAGACUGAGCAGAGCCUAUGCGUUCUUUGAACAAGAGGAGAAAACCGUAAAGCAAAGUCUGACCACCUCAGAUUUGCCGUCAUGGGUCCACUUCCCUGACGUUGAAAGAGUGGAGUGGUUAAACAAGACAGUGAGGCAGAUGUGGCCCUACAUCUGCCAGUUUGUGGAGAAGCUGUUCAAGGACACCAUCGAGCCGGCAGUGAAGGAAACCAAUGGCCAUCUGGGCUCAUUCUGCUUCAGCAAGAUCGACAUGGGCGACAAGCCCCUCAGGGUCAACGGGGUCAAGGUUUACACAGAGAACGUGGACAAGCGUCAAAUCAUCAUGGAUCUACAAAUCAGUUUUGUUGGGAACACUGAAAUUGAUGUAGAAGUGAAAAGAUACUACUGCAAAGCUGGCAUUAAGAGCAUUCAGCUCCACGGAGUGUUGCGAGUGGUCAUGGAGCCGUUGCUAGGUGACAUGCCUCUCAUUGGAGCCCUGUCGAUAUUCUUCCUCAAGAAACCUAUUUUGGACAUCAACUGGACUGGCCUGACCAAUAUUCUUGACAUUCCUGGGCUAAAUGGCUUCUCGGACAGUAUAAUUCAAGACAUCAUCUCCAGCUACCUGGUGUUACCCAACCGCAUCACCAUCCCUCUGGUGGGCGAUGUGGAGCUGGCUAAGCUGCGCUUCCCCCUGCCUAAGGGAGUCCUGCGCAUCCACUUCCUGGAGGCCCAGGACCUGGAGGGGAAGGAUAAGUUCCUGGGGGGGCUGAUCAAGGGCAAGUCCGACCCCUACGGCGUCAUCCAGAUAGGCAACCAGCUCUUCCAGAGCAAGACCAUCAAGGAGUGCCUCCACCCCAAAUGGAACGAAGUGUACGAGGCCUUGGUGUACGAGCACUCGGGCCAGCACCUGGAGAUCGAGCUGUUUGAUGAAGACCCAGACAAGGACGAUUUCCUGGGCAGCCUCAUGAUUGAUCUGACGGAGCUUCACAAAGAGCAGAAGGUGGACGAGUGGUUUCAUCUUGAAGAAAUCUCUACGGGGAAGCUCCACUUGAAACUGGAGUGGCUCUCUCUUCUCUCCACUCCUGAGAAGAUGGACCAGGUGUUGAAUAGCGUGCGUGCAGAUAGGAGCCUCACCAAUGAGGGGCUUUCGUCUGCUCUGCUGGUGGUGUAUCUAGACUCAGCCAAGAACCUACCGAGCGUCUUCACAGGGAGUCUGGGCUGUGGAAACUUAAGAGAGAGGAGGGCUUCCGGCCUAGUCUUUUGUGAGAACAGUACACCAGUGUAUAGAACAUUAUUCACGGGGAAGAAGGGCAGCAGUGACCCCAGUCCCUUGGUUAAGUUUACAGUCGGACACAAAAGCCUGAGCAGUAAGAUCCGUUACAAGACCAGCGAGCCUCUGUGGGAGGAGGCCUUCUCGUUCCUGGUCCACAACCCCAGGAGACAGGAACUGGAAGUGGAGGUGAAGGAUGACAGGCACAAGUGCACCCUGGGUAACCUGACGGUGCCUCUGAGCGGCCUGCUGGCGAUGGAGGACAUGACGCUGACUCAGGGCUUCUCCCUCAAGAACUCUGGGCCCAGCUCCACCAUCAAACUCAAGAUGGCACUGCGGAUCCUGUGCCUGGAGAAGCAGAGUGCAUCCGGCCAACCGUCCUCCGUCCAGGUCAGGAAAGCCAGCUCGGCCGCCAACCUCCCAGUCCCAGGCCCAGGUCCCACCCCCAGACCCUCCGUCUCUGAGUCCCCCCUGACCCCGACCCCUCCGACCCCGAUGGAGGCCUCCUCCCACACUCUCCACCCUCAUCGGAGGGAGGGAGAGCCCUACUCGGCCAGCCCCCUCCGGAGCAGCUCUGACCUGGGCACAUGCAUCUCCAGCUCCCAGAAGCACCUGGCCCACAAGGAGUCCAAUGCCAGCCUGGCCUCAGACAUCUCCCUGCCCUUCCACACCCAGGAGCUGCAGCAGAGGCUACGUCAGCUGCAGAAUGGUUCCGGGCCUCGGCAGUACCCUCUGGGGGAAGUCCAGCUGACCGUGCGUCACAGCUCCCAGAGGAACAAGCUCAUCGUGGUGGUGCACGCUUGUCGGAACCUGAUAGCAUUCACCAAGGAUGGGUCGGACCCCUUUAUCCGCGUUUACCUGCUGCCCGACAAGAGCAGGACUGGCCGCAGGAAGACCAGCACUAUGAAGAAGACCCUGAACCCAGUAUACGAUCAAACGUUUGAGUUCAGUGUGUCUAUGGUGGAGCUUCACAGGAGAACUCUAGAUGUAACUGUGAAGAAUGGAGGAAGCAUUCUGUCCAAACACAAAGGACUCCUUGGGAAGGCACUGGUGGAUUUGAGCAGUGAUGACAUAGCUAAAGGAUGGACCCAAUGGUACAAUCUCACAGAAGACGGCACCUGCAAACCUGCCCAAGUAUAGGAAAGGAGACAUGAUCAGACCUUCCUGAUCAUGAUACACAACAUGCUGUCUGAACCUGCCGACAUCCACAGGAAAACACAACUCUCCACUUCAGUAUAGUGAAAUCUUUGAAGGGCACAUCAUUUUCAUGUCAUACAUUUUUUUUGUCUGUCUGUUCCUCACUUCAACACAGACAGCUGUAGAGGAGAUGAAGUGUAGUAGCAGAGUUCCCAAUAUGCUCACUGUUGUGAAAAGCAUACCGGAAGAUUUAGAUGUGUCACAGCAUAUCUACUGCCUUGUCUGUUUUUAUGUACACGCACAUAAUAAGCAUAAAUGUUACUGGUUAGAAUGUGCAGGUCUUUCUAUUGAUUGCGGUACUGUUAUAUUAAUGCGUCCUUAAAAGGAGCAAUGCUAAAAUGUCACAUGCAGACUUAUGGGAUUUCUCAGAUUUCAACAAAUGCUGUUAACACUAUUCACACCAAAGGGACAGGCAGAGCCACAAAAGUUGUUGAAAGUAGCAUAUAUAACAUAUGUUUAUUUGUUACAUACAUUUUUGGUCAUGCAGUGUUAUGUGUAUCCUUUAUUUAAUUGUUGUGUGCUUCCAAUUAUGUUCGGAAUAGACAUGGUGCAAUAUUGUCUGAAUAAUGUGACAGUUUCAGGACGGGGAAGUGCUGUAUAUAGUAUGGAUCUGUGUACAGGAUGUUAAAUUAAGAGUUAGAGUUUACCGAAUUUCCAGUUUUAAAUAGUGUGUAAAGGAAAAGUAAUAUCUGAACGUGUAACAGCAGACAGCUAUGUCAGCUAUUGGAUUAUGCUCAUUUUUUUUGAGCAGUAUUGUUUGAUUUUUUUUCGUGUGUGUGUCAAAAUGACAGAUUUUGCCAUGCUGUAUUCUAGGUAUGCCAUGCACUAAUUACAGUUGGAACCUACCCAUAACCAAACCCACAUCCUGUUACCCCUACCUGUGCCUUAAAAAAAAUCACUAUACAUACAAACUGUUUUGCCAUCUUUGAGUUUUACAACAAGCAGCCUUAAGGCUUUUGAAUAAUAAUAAAAAGAGUUACUUUACUUGGGAAAAACGAC